AUGGAGAACCCGCAGCUCAAGGCGAACGCGCAGAUGCUCGAGACGCAGCAGACGCGAAUCGCGGCUGACGUGGGCGUGACAUCAGACCGCAUCGUGUACAAGUACGUGGGCUACAUGCACGUGAGCAACGGCUUCGCAGCCACCCUCCCCGCAGCAGGUGCGGCGGCUGCAGCGGCACCCGGCAGUGGCGGCAGUGAUGCGCAGCUGCAACAAAUUUGCCUUAAGGCGGGCGAGGGGAUGGUGGUGGGCGUGGUGGAUUCGGGCAUCUGGCCCGAGCACCCCUCCUUCACCGAUGCCGCCUUCCCCUCCUCGUGCCCCGCUGGCUGGUCGGGCAAGUGCGAUGCGACGAGCGAGUUCAAGUGCAACAACAAGCUCAUUGGCGCGUGGGGGUUCUACAAGGGCUUUAAGGAGGACACCGGUGGCCCGGACCUGUCGAAAGACUGGCUGUCGCCUCGCGAUUCGUACGGCCAUGGCACGUGGUGUGCAGGGUACGUGGUGUGCAGGGCACGUAGUGUGCAGGGCACUUGUGCAGCAGCGGGCAACAGGGACGUGGCCAUGGCGGGCGGCAGGGCGAGUGGCAUGGCGCCAGCAGCGCGCAUGGCGGUGUACAAGGUGCUGUGGUACGCGGAGGGCUCCUUCUUCGGCGUGCAGGCGGACGUGGAGGCGGCAGUCAACCAGGCCGUGGCGGACGGCGUGGAUGUCAUCUCGCUCUCGCUGGGCGGCAUGGAUGCCACCGACACCUACUUCCACCACAUGCCGUACCUCGCUGCUAGCCUCGCGGGGGUGCUUGUUGCGUUCGCAGCGGGCAACGGUGACGCGCCGGGCUAUGACCCAAGCGGUUACCGCAUGAUUGAGAACUUCUACCCGUUCUACCUCACAGUGGGGGCAAGCACCAUUGGGCGAGGCGGUAUAACCCUGAAGGCUGCUGCACUGGCAGGUGCAGCUCGCAGCAACACAUCAUCUGUCUCAACCACCCCUGCAGCUACAGCCUACCCGUCCGUUGCCGAUUUCUCCUCCACCGGACCCCUCAGGGACCCUUCCACUAACGCCACCGCCACCCUCCCCACGAACAGCAUUUUAAAGCCCGACAUUGUCGGCCGGCUGAGAAGCCCCGCGCAGGUCAUGUCCGCCAUCAUGACCACCGCCAAGACCACUGACACCAGCGGUGCUGCCAUCGAUAAUGGCUAUGGUGAGGCUGCUACUCUGUGGGAGAUGGGGUCUGGCCAGGUGUUCCCACCCAAGCUGCUGGAUCCCGGGCUCACAUACGACGCCCGGGCAGCUGCUUAUCGGAACUUUCUAGCUGGGCAGAGUAUGAAGCAAGCAAAGAAGCACUUCCCAUGA